AUGACAGCUUUUAACCGACUGGUUCAAUCCUGGUAUAUGAAAAUGUUUGAAGACAAGAAUGAUCAAACAAAUAAAUGCCUAGAGGGAGAUAAAGAACUUAGUUGUAUGACUUGUAUGAAUUUUAUUUCCCAUAUGCAUAGGAGCGAUGCAAACAGAAUUAUCUACAGGGCUCAUCGAGCGAUAGACGUAGCCACGAUGGCGGCAGUCACUAUGGCGGCUCGUACGGCGGUAGACAGGAGGGAUACGGCGAGCGGCGGUCGUUCGCGAGCGAGGACAGGCGGCGGUCGCCGGCCCGAGAGUACCGCAAGCCUAGUGGCAUGGGGCCGCCGCGAGAGCCGCUCAGGGCGCCCGCCCGGCCAAGGGCUGCGCGACGCUCAUUCCGCGGACGAACAUUGCGCACGCGCGCCCUCUACAGGGGAGCGCCCCGCUCCCGAGGAUCCUUCUCCUCUAGGCGAUUUGGUGAAAGGUCGCUGGGAUAUACACGCACAUUUAGAACUACUAAAGGGCGAAGGUAAUGCUAAAUGCAAAAUAAUGUUUAAGUUAGUUUCCGAUCCCAUGGAAGGUGAGCCUGAUUCACAAAGCUCUGUUAAAUCAAAAGAAGAUGAAGCGUCUUCCACAGAGGAAGAUUGGGAAGCUGAUGAGAAAGAGGAAGCCAUAGAGGAGAAGAAAGAAACAAAGAACAAGUCGCCAGAAGUUAGUGCACCAGAGGUCGAGGGGUCAGAGGGUGAGGCAGGUGAGGGCGGAGAGGACACUGAUAAAGAACCGGAUGCUGCGUCAGAUACGGCUCCAUCACGUCCAUAUGUACAUCUUUCCUGUGUUCACUGUAAAGAGAAAUGUGCUACUUUUGGAAGUUACACCAAACACCUUUUGUCGAGCAAGCAUCGUGCCGCUAUGAGUUCAGUGGCUCGUCGCCAUAAGCUGGAGUUGCUACGCAUGCGUGUAGCUCAGCGAGGCGCGCAGAGGGACCUAGAGGCUUCGGCAGGCGCCGAGCUGGCGGCCCGUACCACGUUCUGUCUCGUGUGUCGCCUCAACCACCGUACCACGCGACACGCGCAUAACCUCACCGACACUCACCGUGCCAUGAAACGACUCCUGAUGCCGUUCUGCCGCAUCUGUCGCAUCACUUUCCGCUCACCGAUGAUAUACGAACAUCAUAUUUGUUCCGUUGAACAUCUUAAGAAAAAGGCCAGUCUUAACGCUCGACGGGCCAGCCCGAAGGCGGAAGCUAGUGCUGAUGAGGGUAUGGACGUGGAUCUGGAUAACUUCAUGACGUUGGACUCAGUGGGUGAUGUUGACGAAGUUGAAGAUGAUGACUCCGGCGGCGAGAAAAAAGAUGAAUCCGCCCCAAAGAAAACAAAAGUUGAGAUAAAUAUAGGCAGCGAGCAUAUUAAGAAGUUGGAGGUUCACUGGUGCGAGCUAUGUCGCGUGUAUUUGCCGCGUGUAGAAGCUGGUAGUGCGGAGGAGGCGGAGGCUCUUCGUCGUCACUGUCGUCUGCGAGUACACCUUGGACGGUACGUGCAGCACCGGGACACGCGCACACUACGGCGCCACGCUGAGAGAAUACACCGUCAGCUACACCAACAAAAAGAAGAUGAAAAAGAUGUUGCCGCUUCUGAAGAAGUAUCCGAGAAGGAGAAAACAGAAAAAAAAGAACCAUCUGUUGAAAACGCAAAUUUGGAAAAUGGGAAUGAUCUGUCAAAUAUUUCUGGAAGCGAAGAUAAAUUGUGGGCUGAUGUGGAUAAAGAUAUUGGCGAGUUAUUAAGAGAAGUGGAUCCACAGGGGAAUGAAGCGAGUGACGAUGACGAAGACCUUGGAAGGUAUGAUAAAUUUCGUAAAAGUGAUAAAAAACCAAAGGCUGACUUAGAAGAAGGCGAGGAUGCUAAAGAAGAAAUCUCCAAUGAAAAAGCAAAUGCAGAAGUAAAAACAUCUAUUUGA